CUGUGGCUGCAGAUUGCUUCUUCGUAGCACGUUGGCUGAAAGAUGGCGGCGCCCGGUAGCGUGGAAGAGAUGCGGAGUCGGGUAGUGCUGGGCGAGUUUGGGGUCCGCAACGUCCACACAACAGACUUUCCUGGGAAUUACUCUGGAUAUGAUGAUGCCUGGGAUAAGAAGAAGUUUGAAAAGAAUUUCAGAGUAGAUGUGAUCCACAUGGAUGAAAGCACUUUAGAAUUCGACAUGGUGGGGAUUGAUGCGGCCAUUGCUAAUGCUUUCCGACGCAUCUUGCUUGCCGAGGUACCCACCAUGGCAGUAGAGAAGGUUUUUGUGUACAAUAACACCUCCAUCGUGCAAGAUGAAAUCCUGGCUCAUCGCUUGGGUCUGAUCCCUAUCCGUGCAGAUCCUCGUCUCUUUGAAUACAAGAGCGAAGAAGAUGAAUGUGAUGAAAUCAACACCCUGCAAUUCCAAUUGAAAAUAAAGUGUAGCAGGAACCCUCAGGCAGCUAGGGAGUCAUCUGACCCAAAUGAGCUCUACAUCAACCAUAAAGUUUACAGCAAGCACAUGGAAUGGGUGCCACUGGGGUCGCAGGCCGACAACAUGAAUGCAGACUUCCGUCCUGUGCACGACGACAUCCUCAUUGCUCAGCUGCGUCCUGGCCAAGAGAUCGAUGUCCUUAUGCACUGUGUAAAGGGCGUCGGUAAAGAUCAUGCAAAGUUUUCUCCGGUUGCGACAGCCAGCUACCGGCUAUUGCCAGAAAUCACUCUAUUGCAGCCUAUUGAAGGGGAAGCAGCCGUGAGGCUAAAGAAGUGCUUUUCCUCUGGAGUUAUUGAGGUCCAGGAAAUUGAAGGGAAAAAAGUGGCAAGAGUAGCGAACGCUCGAUUGGACACAUUUAGUAGAGAAAUCUUUCGUCAUGAUGACUUGAAAAACCUUGUGCGCCUGGCUCGAGUGCGAGAUCACUACAUCUUUUCUGUGGAGUCAACAGGUAUCCUGCCUCCAGAUGUGUUGGUGAGUGAGGCUAUCAAGGUAUUAAUGGGGAAAUGUCAGCAUUUCUUAGAAGAGCUGAAAUCCAUCCAGAAGUAAAUGAAGGAAUACAAAGUUUCAGCAAAAGGGUCUACUUGAUUGAGAACUCUGCAGCUGUGUUUUGAGAAGAAAGGCUCCAAGCAAGUUUGUCAGCUGGGAAGGAGAGAACUACCUCUACAAAGGAUGCAAGACUGAAACUGGUUGCUGUUACGUUCCUACCUUUUUGGCACUGAUGUAAGAUAUGGCUGAAUGGCAGAGGUGUAAUAAAGUGCCACCGUGCAUCUUUUUCAAAGCCCAAAAUGUACUGAUGGGGGUGAAAAAAGCUUUAGCCUUUGACAAAUAUCUCAUAAAAGGAUUAAAGUAUUGUGUAAACACA